CCCUGAAGAAAAGACCUUUAGGGCCACCACUUUCUUCAUCCACAAGUUUUUUGUGUACAUCACUCAUUGACUUUGCACCUAAACUUGGAGUAUAAAGCCAGCAACACAGAAGCAAAAUUUUCCGAGACUCAAACAAUGGCUGCAGCAGCUCCGGUUGCAAUAGGCACGCGAGGCACCAUGGGAUCUCUUGUGAGGAGGGAGAUUGAGUACUUUGGCAAGGUUGAGCUUGACCGGCGUGGAAGCUCAGUGAAGCCUCGGGGAAAAAUGGUGGAGAUGAGUCCCAGGAAUUGUAAUUCUAGCAAGCCUAGUUUCUGGUUCUUAAGGAUGACAUGGAAAUGGAAGAGGCAAAGAGCUGGAAGCAGCAGAGGGUUCUUAUCAAGCGUAUGUUCUGCAGCUGAAGUUGUCGAAAGCAAUCGGCUGAAUGGCACUCCUGGGUUCAAUUACAUGAACCUCAAGGAUGAUAUUAACACCUUGAACAUUUAGUGUUUUUCUACUUUUUCUUAGCUUUCUCUUCCAUUUUUGGUCUAUACCAAUGGACCAUAUAGCUUUUCAGGGUUCCAUCAUGUAAUUAUGUUACUGUAUUGUUGAGGUUGCUAUA